AUGUGGGGUAUGGAUGUUAUCGGGCCAAUAUUGCCGAAGGCUUCAAAUGGCCAUCGUUUCAUAUUCGUGGUUAUUGACUACUUCACCAAAUGGGUAGAAGCUGCUUCCUCCAUAGCAGAAGUCUGUGGUCAAUUCAAGAUCAAACAUCACAAUUCGUCGCCGUAUCGCUCAAAAAUGAAUGGUGCAGUGGAAGCGGCCAAUAAAGAUAUAAAGAAGAUUGUGGGGAAGAUGACUGAGACUUCCAGGGACUGGCAUGAGAAGUUACCGUUUGCCCUCCUUGCUUAUCGAACGUCAAUCAGGACCUCCACCGGGGCAACGCCUUUCUCCUUAGUUUAUGGCAUGGAGGCAGUUUUGCCCAUCGAAGUUGAAAUCCCUUCUCUCCGGGUUUUGACCGAGCUACAUUUGGAUGAAGCGGAAUGGGUUCAAUCUCGAUACGAUCAAUUAAACUUGAUAGAGGGAAAGAGGCUAAAGGCUAUUCAGCACGGUCAGAUGUAUCAGAAAAGAAUGAUGCGAGCCUACAACAAGAAAGUCCGACCCAGAGAAUUGCACGAGGGGGACCUGGCCUUUUCUGGAGGAGCCCUGAUCCUAGCUGAAAUGGACGGGAAAAACUUGCCUAAUCCGGUAAAUUCAGAUUCGGUGAAGAGGGGUCUUCGAAAGCUGUAUGGAGAAAUUCAAGCAGAGAUAUCUGGGGCACAUGUUCAUAGUUUCUAUAUUGAAUUUGUUGUUAAUAUGUUUCCCUCCACCACCACCACCUACAAGCUAAGCUUUGCUUUUGCUUUUGCUUUGCCCAACCAGUGGCCUUGUAAAUACCAUCCAUCAGCUUCCCAUGUUGAUCGUCAUAUCCCUUCUUUCAUGCAGGAUUCAGGUCCAAAGGCCAGCUUCUCUUCUUUGCCGCCUCCUACCGUUGCAAUAAAUAAAUGCCAUUGCCCAACAUAA